AAUGGACGAUAAUGUCCAUUUGCGACGGGUGGCAAUGUGUAUCGCCAACCAAACUGAUUUGUCGUUUUUUAAGUACAAAAAACGGACAGAAUGUGAGUAGCAGUGAUCUACCUUAGGUAGUAAAAAGAAGGAUGAUUUUAAACAUUGUUUGUGGAUAGUUCUUCAACACGUCUCACCUCAUGAUUGAUUAACCGUGUAAGUUGUUGCACACCUGCCUUGUUGUCUGGCAUUUUGGUACACACCAAGAAGCCACAAUGCAUCUCAACAGGCGUAGUAAGUCUAAAUUACAAGAGACUAGGUUUUCAAACCUAAAAACAGUGGAAGUUGGACGUGGUCGAAAUGGUUAUGGCUUCACGAUGACUGGACAACAUCCAUGUGUUCUAAGUUGUAUCUUACCGGGUAGCCCUUCCGAUGCCUGUGGAUUGAAAGCUGGAGAUUGUGUCAUGGCUAUAAAUGGAGAGAAUGUCACACGCAUAGGUCAUGAACAGAUUAUUAAAUUGAUUGGAUCUACCUCGGGAGUACUGAGGCUUACAGUUGCUGAAAUACAGGAAUCAGAAUCUUCAGAUGAAGAGGACUUUGUACCAGUUCCAAGAGUCCGAUAUAUGAGAUCAAAAAGUGUGACACCUUCUAGUAAAAUUAAAACUGAUUUGAGCCGAGAAGAUCAGCAGACCAUAAUGUACAAGCAACAUCAAUUGCAGUCAAAUGUAGGUGCCAAUGUUGCCAGUAAGUUUGCACCAGGACACCUUAGUCCAUACAAUCAAUCAGGUCGUGCUGCAGUUAUGCUUAAGAACAGUGCAAGCAACCACGAUUACACAUACUGGAAUGGGAAAGAGUUUGAACAAAUCAGGGGUGCUCAAAAACCCAGGAACGUGAAACGUAAUUCAGAAAACAAACAUUACAGACGUAGACCAUACUCUGCACAAAGUCAUUCUAGCUUUUAUCCUGAAAAAGAAGAAGAUGAAGGUGAACUUCCUGACCCCGGGUUACGACCUCUGACUCCAGUGGAAGUGUCCAAUAUUAUGUAUCCUUCACUUCGUUCCCAAGCAAGGUCUGGAGCUCAACAAAGGAGAUUGUCAGCUUCAAGUGGAGAACAAGGAGUGUUGAUGCAUGCUGUAGUUGGAUAUCUUGGAUCUAUUGAUAUUCCGGCAUCUGCAAAUUUACCAAUGGCAAGUCUUCAAGCUAUAAGAGGUUGUGUAAGACGUCUACACCUUGAGCAACGUAUUCAUUCCUUAAUGCUGAUGGAAAUAAGAAACAAAGGUGUUUCUCUCAUCAAUGCCAAUCACAAAGUUGCAGUUGUUUACCCAGCUGAAAGAAUUACUUUCUCAGGUAUUUGUCCUGAUGACAAGCGGUGCUUUGGAAUUGUUACCUCACAAAAUCCAGAAGACAACUUGGAAUCUGCUGAUAGUGAUGAUGAACCAAUUGGAAGUUCCUGCCAUGUUUUCAUUGUGGAUCCUUCCUUGUGUUCACAUAAUGUUCAUCUUGAAAUGGCUGCCAGGUUUGAUGUCCAGUGUAUUCAUGAUCCAUCAACCAAUACAUGUCAACAGUUCCCAACAUCAUCUCGACCCUUGCUGACUUAUAUCGCCCAAUUACACAGAGAGCAUGGGGAUAGCUUGCAUUUUGCCGACUUCUAUGGUCAGUCUCCAUAUCCAGUUGGUCCGCGAAGAUCAAACAGCAACAGUAGUAAUAGUGACAGCGGGUUUGGAAAUGGUAAAGAAAACGAAGCCAAUGGUCAUGGAGAGAGAGUAAUGAUAGUUGAUGUUGCUGGACAUAUUCGCAAUCAGAGAACAGCAGGCCAGGGUUUACAUGAGGGUUUACCAAAUAGACAUGUGGUACAAGCUGAAAUAAACACAUCCCAGUCAUCCUACUCAAUCUCUUCAACAUCAUCACCAGAACACUCUCCACAAAAUGGCUUCAAAACAAGUUCAUCAGCAGGGCGCCUUACACCCCGGGCCAGACCUGAUCCUAUCUUGAAGGAUCUAAAUGGACGUCUUACCCCUCUCUCUAGACCAUCUUCUGUUGUUUUGAACACUGCAUCUGGGCGGUUGACACCUCGAGCCAGACCUGAUCCUAUUGGUUUUCAUAGCACGCAAGGUUUGGUUGGGUCAAAUCAAGAGCAGCAACAAACAAUGUUUAAAGAAAGAUCUCAAAGUGUUGAUAUCAUGAUACAACCUCAGUAUCGACCUCCGAACACCAACAACACCAUCCCAAGUCUUCGUUCUCAUGUACGAGGCAAUGACCAGGUUCAAGUACAAAGAAGGCAUCCUACUUCAACCAGUGUGAAGGGGAGACCACCAACUGGAAGACAUUCAAUGUAUGUUAAGAUGGAUACUGGUCGUACAAAUAGUGAAGCAGAGGUACAAGUACGGAAGAAAAUACCUGUCCUUCAAAGAGAUGGAGCACCAGUCAAGCCUCUACAGAACCUGUAUUUGGCAAGGCGAAAUAGUGAUUGUUCGGAAUACAGUUCUUCUGAUGUUAUAAAGACUUCUAUGCACAAAGCACUUCAAGCUAAGCGGGUACUACUGAUGCAAGGAAGAGGCAGAGAUUCACUGGCAGCUUCAGAUGGAGAACUGGAUUCACCAGAAGCAGAUGUAUCAGUCAAGAGUGAUGGAAAUCGGUCCAAUCCAAACCUACUUCAGAUUAAUGAUGGACAAGAAGUUGGUAGAGUUUCAAGUUGGGCUGUCAGCUUUGAGCGUCUGUUACAGGAUGAGCUUGGUCUGGACUGCUUCACGAAAUUUCUCAAGAGGGAAUUCAGUGAAGAAAACAUAAUGUUUUGGAUUGCUUGUGAGACAAUGAGUAAGAUGACAAGUAAAUCAGAGUUAAAGCGUAUGGCUGAUCACAUCUACAGUAAACACCUGGCUGAUGAAGCCUCCAUGCCAGUCAAUUUAGACAGCAGCUGUCGAUUGAAAGUAGUCCAAGCCCUCAAGAGUCCAACACCAGAGAUGUUUAAAGUUCAGCAGCAACAGAUCUUCAAACUGAUGAAAUAUGACAGUUAUUCUCGCUUCCUGAAGAGCAAAGUUUAUCAAGACUGUCUCUUGGCUGAAAUGGCGGGAAACCCUCUCCCCAUAUCUGUUAGCCGCGAACGGAGUGAUGGAACUUCUACUGGAAGUGUUAGCAGUGUUGAUGACACCUCUGAAGAUAGUAAGAAAGGGGCACAACAAGGUCAAAAGGGAAAUAAGAAAAAGUAUCAACUAUGGAAGACAACAAAGUCAUACAGCUUAGAAGUAAAUGAAGAAAGCCCUGACAAGAAGCGUAAAUCAUUGCUACCGUGGAUAAAUCGAGCUAAGGUGACAAAGAAAGUCAGCAGAGAUAUGGAUACAGCAGCUAAAGAAUCAGACACAAAGUGUAAAACAUCAGUAGGCGAUAAAGAUCUGACAACGGCCACAAACAUGAAUGCAAAGGCUAUACCUGUUGAGGGGACGUGUCGUCUUGUUUUCCCAAACAAUGAUGUGGUAGUGCUACCAGCGAGGGCAGGCUUUACUGUGCGUGAUAUAUUGUCACCUCAUCUUCAAGUAAGACAACUGAGCUUCCAGUCAGUUGAGGCAUUCCUUACUGAUUCCAAAGAGUCUUAUCCCAAAGGAAGGAAAAAGAUUGUUGACUUCAAGCAAGACAUGAGUGACAUGGCAGGAGCUGAAAUCAUUGUUGAGCAACGAGUGGUUUUCAAGAUUGAGCUGCCAAGUCACAGAGUAAUUGGAGUGAAAUCUAAACCAUGUAAGAAGCUGAUUGAGGUUUUACUGCCAGUUACCUACAAGUACAACCUUCAACUAGAUACUCUAGUUGUACAUCUGAGUAACUCCCCAGUACCUUUUGACUUGGAUAUAACAGUGGCAUCUUUGGAUGGUCAGAGGAUAUUGAUUGAGACUCUGGAACAGUACGGUGCUGGACAUUACAACGCCCAGGCUAGAGUGGAUCCAAGUACAACAGAUAUAAAUGCUCCUCCACUUCACAAAUCAGCAUCUGCAGAGAGCUUCAUUCCAAACAGUCAUGCAAGAACAUCACAAACUGUUCAUCUGCAACGACGCUUAUCAGAGAAUGGUGCAAAUUUGAAAGAAGUAGGUUCCGCAUGUGGAGUAGGAAAUCAAGCAGUAACCUUGAGACCAAGUAUCUCAGAGACCUCUGUGUCCAGAGGUUCCCAGAACAGGCAAUACAGAAUUACAAACCAUGAUGCUGAAGAAUUGUACACUAUGCUGUCCAAGGCACAACGUCGUAGGAUGGAUGACCAACGUGGUCUUACUAUUCGGAACUUAGAACUUCCGGACUUCUUGAAGAAACCAAACAAAGAAACGCAAAAUCUUAGAUCCAAGAGUUCCCUUGGUGUUCCUUAUCAGUUCAGUACACCAGAAUUCCUACACAGUUAUGAGUCUCUACACUCUGCAGAUAAAAAGCUAAGCUUUCAAGACAAAGCUGUGAGGUGUAAAUCUACACCACCAACAACCAAUCCCAAUGACACUGGGUUUAGGGAAGGAAUCAUCCCAACACAUUCACAAGCUGAGGAAGUAUUUGGCUGUAGAGGGCGCUACAGUGACAUUACACCACAGACUUUUAAUGAGUCAAUGACAGCAAUGGCUAGUGAUGCAUAUGGCUACGAUGAAAGUGAUAUAGACAUGAUGGGCAGUAAUUAUGGUUUUAACCAUUCAUCAUUAUUAUACAAUGGUAAUAUGCAAAGAAACCAGAAUGCUAAGCUAAGUCCACGUGCCUAUCCAACUGAUCCGUUUGUUAACCAAUUGGAUGUUGAUAGUGCUAAAGCAAGAGGGUACUCUCUUGAACUCUACGAUGCUAAUGUGAAUGAAGACCUAUGUGAUGAACAAGUGUUUGAUUUGGAUCAAACAUUAACUAAGUCAGUAGCAGAACAUGACUCAAUCCUUCCGCCUCCUCCAGAUGAGUUAGACCGAACUCUACAGCUUGAAGAAGCCAAUUAUUCCCCUCCACCAUCUUUGACAAAGGAUGAACUAAAUCCAAAGAGUGAUUUCAGUGACUUGAUGUUUUCCUUACCAGAUAGAACUGGUACCCUUCAAGGGAGCACACUUCCAGGCCAUUAUACAGACAUGUCUCCUCAACCAUUAACAGACAUUGAUUCUGUUGACUUUAGUACCAACCCACCAUCCCCUGGACCUCCUUCACCUUCCACUCAUGAUCUUGUCAUGACUCCAAAUAUUGAAGAAAACAUCAAUGAGCUUUCUGAAGGGCCUUUUGGUAACAUGUCGUUCAAAUUCCAACAAGAGUCUUCAGUAUUUGAAAGACCAGAUGUUAUUGAGUCAUUGCACAAACCAGAGAACUUCAGCCCCUACGUACAACCGUUCAUACAACAAAAUACCUCUACAAAUAGCUCUUUGCCAUACAGUACCUUACAACAUACAUACGAUAAGGUAUUAAAGCAUGGUACUUCAGAAACCAGUGUGUCAGGUUAUGACUUUGCUCAACCAAAUUUAAUUCAGCAAGGUACCCCACAGCAUACCUCUGAACAUCCUUCUUCAAACUCUGCCAUUUCACAUGUAAGUCAUUAUGUUGAUCAAGGCAUCUCUCAUCAACCAGUCCAUCAGACCCCUGCUCUGCAGAGCAAGGAAACAAUUUCCCAAGAAGACAACCCAAGCAGAAUGGUUUCAAACCUUCACUGGAAGGAUGGCAGUGGUGUACAACAACAGAAAAUUGAUCGUGAAAAGUGGGAGAAAGUUGUCAAGGAUGGGCGCACAAUGCGUGCAACCUUUGUAUAAAAUGUCUGCAGCCUUUGCAGGAAUAAUAGAAAAUAUGUAUAUUUUGCACAGCCCUUUAUAAUGCAACAAGUGCAGUUUAGAUAAUAUUUUUGUACAUAAAACUUUACUUUUUUUCUUUUACAGCUAUCACUAUUUAUAAUUUUUUCCUUUUCCAAGAAUUAUAAUGUAUACAUACACAUGUGUGUUAGCUCUGUAUACUUGGUACUUAUCCGAGCUCUGUGAGAAAAAAUCACAGGCACAUUACUUGCUAGGGAUUCAAACAAUGCUAAAUCAGGCCGUGUCCGAAACGGCGACUUCGGCUAAAGCUACGGCUAGAUCG